CAUUUGGAUCAUCUGGCAGAAUGUUUUUCUGGCUCCUUGCGCUUUGUGCGCUAAAAUGCUGUGUAGUGCAGGCUGAAUUCGACGUGAUUUUCGAGGAUGUUGACUGUAACGAGAUACACCCAGAAUAUGUCAAAUCAUGCGACAUGGAGUUAAAUUACGAUAGCGAGUACGGAGCGAAUGUGGACACACAUUUAGAAAUAAUCAAACCAUUUCCUGAAGGUCUAAAGAUAAUAGCAGACGUAAUUGCAGUACAAAUGGGCGAAUACACUCUUAACGUUGGAGUUCACCUGGAUACAGAUUUUUGCGAACUUGCAGAGAGCCCUAAUUCUCUAGCUGUUCCUAUAUUGAGAGCAAUCAAUAUGGAUAGUGGUACCUGUCCUCCGGAACCGGGAAUUUAUGAACGAGAAGGUUACGUACUAGACAGCAUGGAUGGUUUACCGUCAGCAUUCCCUGCUGGUCAUUAUUUACUGAACAUGUCGUUAAUAUACGAAGAAUCUGUAUUGUUUCACCUAGAUGUUUAUUUAAGAAUAUAUUGAUUGUAAUGCUUAAACCAAUUUUUUAAGGCUAUCUUUGUAAAAGUACACGAACAAUAGAGAUUAACUUGC